GUAAGAACCCAUCCUAAUUGGUUAUAGAUUAUCAAUUCCAUUGGUCGAAGUGGUAAGAAUUGCAUCAUGGGAGGAUACAUCUCUUGGAUUAAAUAUCACAGGGGGUAGAGGGAUACUCCCACGAUGAUUUUUUCAGGUUCAUUAUCAUUCCAUUUGUCGAUCAAAAAUAUCAAUACAAAGUCGGAAAUUUAGUUAUUUACCCUGGAAUUCCCUAGACAGGCGAGCAAGGGAAGGCAAAUAGAUCUAUCGGAUAAGCGCAUGCUAAGAAGUACACGAAGACAAUACUCUUUUAAUUAAGUUUAGAAGAUAGGUAGAAGCGGGGUAGACGUGUCUAAACUCUUGGUUGUCAGAACGUACAUAAGGAUGUAGACGAAGCUCUCUUUUAAAGAACUAAAAAACUAAGCACUGUUCGGUAAAAGCACUCGGGAUGAAGUUCUAAUAUUGAUGGGAUAUAAUUAAGGUACAGUGACCGUUGCCUUAACAACAGGUAUUCUCCUGAGAAAGAUCUUCACGUUGACAAUGGCGACCAAACGAAGAAACGUUGCUAAGGCGAUUGUACAGCAUGACUUUAACCCCGUUGAAUCAAUGGAAGUAGCCGUAUCUAAGCACGAAAUGGUUAAAAUAAUCCAGGAACACAAUGGUUGGAUAUGCGUCGAGAAAUCAAAUGGACAGAUUGGAUAUAUACCCGUCAGUUUUUGUAAAAUAAUCAAAAGAACAUUGAGGAAUGAUGCCAGUGCCAAGGACACACACGCAUCCAUUGAUAACACCAAAGACGCUGAUACGUCGAAUGACUCUUCUAACUUCGAGGAUAACAUAGAAGACUCGCUAAAUAUGUAUGGUAUUGAUAAAACGAUAGAAAAAGCCAAAGAAUAUAAGAUUCAACGCCUCAAAAAUGAGUACAGGGAACAUUUACCAAGAUCUACGUCAAGGUCAACUGAAAGUAGGUCAAGGUCAGUAAAGAGGUCAAAUGAACAUGCAAGAAGGUCGAAGUCGUUGACAUCUAUCGGUACAUCAGACAAUCAAAUUAUUACAAGACACUCAUCAGCAACAGAUCUAACCAACACUGCUUUAUCAACAGAUGAUCUGAAUAAUGAUUCGACUUUCAACUGCUCAAAUAAAGAUCUUUCAAUAGAGUUGAGUUCGUGUUCUAGUCCAACCGAAAUUGUUCAAAAUGCUGUUUUUCAAUUAUCACCUCGGACAUCAAGCGUUAAAACUGUACGUGAGGUGUUUCCUAAUGCAUUUGGUGGAAAAGUUCCUCAAAACACCGAUGCCCCAGCUCCAAGUAGUGAUACUUUGCCAGGCAAAUUGUUACUCUGCCCUAAGGAACAGUGUACAAAAGAGACUCGCCGGUCAACAGUCGAUUCGGAGGUCAACUGUGUAUGUGAUUGUCAUGUCCUUCGCAAAGUGAAAUCUAUCGUUGGAAAUGAUUUAGAUUUCAUCAAGGAUAAAAUAAAAAACAAUUUGAAUCUAUUGGAAAAUGUAAACGAAGACGACUUAGAUCGUAUUCAUGAUAGCUGUCAUGGUAACGAAAAAACAUUAUCCAGUCAUCAUGACGACGCUAAAACACAAUGUAAGACAUGUGGCUCUAAUGAUGAUAAUAUUCACGAUCCUUACAGUGUUGAUAAAAAAUUAUUGAUCGGUAAUAAUACAAGUGAGAGUUUAGAAGAUGAUAAUAGUGGUUACUAUAGAAACCAUAUUAGUAGCAACGACAGUGGUUAUUCUGAAGUAAUGGACUCCGAUACUUAUAGUCAACUUAGUGACAGUAACAUUGGUAACGACAGCCUUGAUAACUGCAGUGACCAACAAAUAUAUGAAACCCCAACGUCACAAGGUGGUUGCUAUGGUGAUGUAAAUGGUUGCCAUGGUGAACACCGUGACAACAGUGAUAUAUCUGAUGAAAGCAGUGAAUUUGAUGUAGCAAAUGGACCAGAGUAUUUUAUUGAUGAUGUAUGUACAGACGAUUAUGCGAAUGCAUAUAGCAGUGAAAGUCCAAAUUCAUACGGUGGAAGUCAAAACCCAUACAAUAGUGAAAGUUCAUAUUCAUACAACAGAAAUGUAGGUCAAAUUAGAAAUACAAAUAAUGGACCUACUAGCAUACUUACUAAACCAAACAAAGGAGGUUUGAUGUCCCAUCGUGGACAAGAACCUCAAACUGGAUUUUAUCUGAAAAUGGACAAGAAUUCUGGGAUAGUACCAGCAACGUGCAAUAUAAAAUAUGGAUAUAAAUAUGAUCACGAUUCAACGUCAUAUUUAGGUUCUGGAAACGACAAUCAGUAUGACUUACGACUCCCUAGACGAAACAAAAUCAAGAAAAGAGUGCAUUUUGAAAUAGAUUGUAAUGAAUAUGUCAUCUAA